GGUGAAGCUGUGAUCCUUUCCUCUCCUGCGUAAGUACUGGAAAAGUCUGAAACAUUCCGUCUUGGAUAGAGCUUCGGGGAAACCAGUUAUAGUGUGAUUUUCAAAAUAUCUAAGAUGGUUCGCGAGCAGUACGUCACAGCCACAGAAGGCACCAGCAUAGAAAGGCCAGAGAAUCCAUGCAUCUGCAAAAUUGGCAUUUAUGGCUGGAGAAAACGUUGCCUCUAUUUGUUUGUUCUUCUUUUACUCAUCAUCCUUGUUGUGAAUUUUGCUCUUACAAUUUGGAUCCUUAAAGUGAUGUGGUUUUCUCCAAUAGGAAUGGGUCAUUUGCAUGUAACACAAGAUGGACUUCUCCUGGAAGGGGAAUCAGAAUUUUUAUUCCCAUUAUAUGUCAAAGAAAUACACUCUAGAAAGGACUCAUCUCUUCUUCUACAGUCCACUCAGAAUGUGACUGUGAAUGCACGCAACUUGGAAGGGGAGGUCACAGGCAGGUUAAUAGUGGGUCCCAAAAUGGUAGAAGUCCAGAGUCAACUCUUUCAGAUCAACUCCAAAGAUGGAAAGCCACUAUUUACUGUUGAUGAAAAGGAAGUUAUGGUUGGUACAGAUAAACUUCGAAUAACUGGACCUGAAGGAGCUCUUUUUGAACAUUCAGUGGAGACACCCCUUGUCACCGCAGACCCAUUUCGAGAACUUAGGUUAGAAUCCCCCACACGGAGUCUAAGCAUGGAUGCUCCAACAGGUGUUCAUAUUAAAGCUCAUGCUGGAAAAAUCGAGGGCCUUUCUCAGGAGGAUAUCAUUUUCCAGAGUAGUGACGGAAUGCUUGUGCUUGAUGCUGAAACUGUGUUUUUACCCAACUUGGUGCAGGGAACCUGGGGUCCCACUGCCAGCUCACAGGGACUCUAUGAGAUUUGUGCAUGUUCAGAUGGGAAGCUGUACAUGUCGGUAGCUGGCAUGGGCACCACGUGCCAGGAGCACAGUCACAUCUGUCUCUGAGCUGCCCACCUCUUCCAUGGAGCAUCUGCCCCUCCAAUGAGCUGUGCGGGCUGCUGGCCUCAAGCCCUCACACUCGGGGAGCAGCUGGACAUCCUGUAGGACUGGGAAGAUGAGCACCGACAGGAAGCCAGAGGACAUGCUUUCCAGAGGAAUUCAGAAACUACAUGAUCUCAAAAUGGCACAUGGAUGUUAGAAACAGAAAGUAGAUGAAAUACCAAAGCAAUGUAUUUAUUCCCUCGGAUUAAUUUUCAUGAGAACAAUUUCAACUAUUCUUUUCCUCACCUCCCUCCCUAUCAAAAUGUUGAGUUGCUGUGUGGAAUUGAUUUAUGAUGUUUAAUUGUGGAUACGUAACUCCCUAUGAAAGUUGCAUUGGUCAAUACUAAAAUGUCCCCAAACUUCUGUGCAGCAUGUCCUAUCACUCAAACUUCAAGUUCUCCCUUCAGUUUGAUGCAAAGUGUAUGAAGUUUCACAUAAAAAUCUUUAAUUUUAGGCUAGGUACAGUGGCUCACACCUGUAAUCCAAGUGUGCUGGAAGGCCAAGAUGGAAGGAUUGCUUGAGCUCAGGAGUUCAAGAUCAGCCAUAGCAAGAGCAAAACUUCAUGUCUACUAUAAUAAAAAUAGAAAAAUUAUCUGAGCACUGUGGUGUGCACCUUUGGUCCCAGCUACUGGGAGCCUGAAGCAAGACGAUUGCUCAAGCCCUGGAGUUUGAGGUUGCUGUGAGUUAUGAUGACUCCACAGCACCCUAGCCAGGGCAACAGACCAAGACUCUGUCUCACAAAAAAAAAGAAAAAGAAAGAAAAGAAAAGAAAAUCUUUAAGUUUUAAAGGGUUGAUCUGAUUUUUCAGUAUGUAGUCCAAGGAAUAAAUUACACAAAAUUAGUCAUAUAAGCAAUAAAUAUCAACCUGUAUUUUUCACAGA